AUGAGGAAGGAGCCAUCAUCCGCCGGCUCUGACGAGUCGUGCGCAUUAUCAACAUCAUCUUCUUUGUCAUGGAGUACGGCGGCGCUUUUCUCGUCUCAACCGCCGUCUUCCACGCCGAGUCCAAGUCCCAGUCCGGGGUUAUAUGGCUGUCUCUUCCACAUGCUGGACUGCUACGAGUCCUUUGACGAGAUCGCAGAAUGGCGAACGCAUGUCCUCGGCCAUUUUCAAACACACCCGCCCCCUCCCACCGCGCGGUGUCCUCUCUGUCCGAAUGUCAAGUUCACCAGCUCCGGCGCAGUGACGUCCACAGGUGCAUUGCUUAUGCUGGAGAAUCGAGCCAGCCACGAGUCGAUCCAAGACCCUUCUCCUCUCCCCACUCCAACCUUAAUCCUCGCAUCUGAACACGAGCAAGAACAGCCCCCCUCAGCAUGGUCCCACCUCCUGACCCACGUCGCAACAGUCCACUACCAGCACGGUCACACACUAGCAGGAAGCCGACCGGAUUUCGAGCUCAUGGACUAUCUGUACCGGUUGCGUGUGAUCUCAGAUGCCCAGUUCAAGGCGAUGCAGCUGCCGCCUGCGCCGUCGAGUCCUGCGUAUCAUCGCUCACUGGAUGGCGUGCGAAGGAGUAUUGGGUCUGCGGACGAGCCAUAUUGUGCGCCCUAUAGUCGGAGGAGGGAGGAGAGGCUGAGGGAGCAGACGAGUAAUAAUGGGGUUGGUGUGGGUUGA